AUGUGGGGUCCACUGGUGCUGCUCACAGAACUGAUGGUCAUCAUCACAGCUUGUUCUCUGUCUCUUUGUGCGUCAGACAUUUGCCAAAAGGAGGUGGCUCGUCUGAAGGAGAGGGAGAAGCUUCUGAAGAGCCAGAUUCAGAAACAAGAACUCCUCCUACACAGAUUACAUCUGCUGAACCAACCUGGCAACAAAGAUCAACACCAAGCCAGCGUCGACCAGAGCCAAGACACCCAGUACAUAGACUGCUCCCAGCUGUUCAGAUCUGGCUCCAAAUCCAGUGGUUUCUACAGCAUCAGACCCCAUGACAGUCCUGCUGCAGUCAAGGUCUACUGUGAUAUGAGUGAUGGAGGUGGUUGGACUGUUAUACAAAGACGGAUCAAUGGAACAGAGAUGUUUAACAGAUCAUGGGCGGAAUAUAAGGAUGGUUUUGGAGACAUGGAUGCAGAAUUAGGAGAGUUUUGGCUUGGGAAUGACAACCUGCAUUACAUCACGGCACAAGGGAAUUAUUCUCUAAGAAUUAACCUUGAAGACUUUGAUGGAAAUCAGCGCUAUGCAGAGUACAAGAACUUCAAAGUGGCAGAUGAAAAGGAUCACUACCGACUAAGCUUUGGAGAUUAUGUAGGUACAGCUGGAGAUGCUCUGUCUGGAAGUGAUCAGAUUGGUGUGUCAGAUUGGGCCAGUCACCAGGGCAUCCAAUUUAGCACCUAUGACCAGGACAACGAUAACUACAAUGGAAACUGUGCACAGGAAGACAAGGGAGGCUGGUGGUUCAACAAGUGUCACUCUGCCAAUCUUAAUGGCCUGUACUACCCCGACGGGCACUACAGUGCAGUCACAGAUGAUGGUGUGGUUUGGUACACUUGGAGAGGAUGGUGGUACUCCCUGAAGACCAGCGUCAUGAAGCUGCGACCCAUUGACUUCAAAAUUGAUCUCAUUGAUGACCCAAACGCUCUUCAACGCACCUAA